AUCACACCUUUUUUUUUUUUCUAGUCUUCUUCAUUUCGUUUUUAUUUUCCUUUUUGUUUCCUCUUAUAAUCCCGAAUUCUUACAAGUACAAACCAACCCUAGUGAAGAACCCUAAUUUUCUCCUCAAAAUCAUACAUUUUCACCCAAAUUCAUUGAAUUCAGGGCCCUCAAAAUGCAAUUCGAUUCAAAAUAGAUCGAAUGAUGGUAAAUUCAGGGAUGGUCGAGAAGUAUAGCGCCGAUUUUAUGGGAGAAAAAAAAGAUGCCGGAGUUUCAACGAGGUGAAAAACGACGUCGUACGACUACUCCAGUGAAGAAGGAAGUUAACGAGGCUAAGAAAUCGUCUCAUUUGGUUGGGAAUUAUAUACGAACUCGCGCCGUUGUUGCAAGAGAAGCUGCUGAGAAGAAAGUUGUUCAGAAAAUUAGGGAUUCUCCUAGAACUAGGUUGGCGGUGAAGAGAGGGAAACAAAAGGUUCAGCUUGCGAAUAUUAAUCAUAAUCGUAAGAAGAUUAGUAAUCUUAAUAAUAAUAAUACUAAGAAGAAGGUAAUUAGUAAAGUUCCAGUGAUAUUGAUUGUUUCAAAGGAGAAAGAGCCUGAAGAAAUGUUGGGAGAUAGUGGUGGAUUAAGUGCUAAUAAUAAAGCUACUGGACAAGAUGAUGAUGGAAAUAAAUCCCCUUUUCCUGAAAGGGUGCAUGUUGGUGGUUCUCCAUUGUAUAGGGUGGAAAGGAAAUUAGGGAAAGGUGGGUUUGGUCAGGUGUUCGUUGGACGUCGCAUUAAUGGCGGGAAUGAACGAUCAACGGGUCCAGGGGCAUUGGAGGUAGCUUUGAAGUUUGAACACAAGAACAGCAAAGGCUGUAAUUAUGGCCCUCCACAUGAGUGGCAAGUGUACAAUACUCUUGGAGGUAGCCAUGGAGUUCCUAAGUUGCAUUACAAAGGGAAGCAAGGAGAUUAUUAUGUUAUGGUUAUGGACAUGCUUGGACCAAGCUUAUGGGAUGUGUGGAAUUCUUCGGGGCAGACGAUGACAACUGAAAUGGUUGCCUGUAUAGCUGUUGAAUCCUUGUCAAUUCUUGAGAAGAUGCACUCAAGAGGUUAUGUGCAUGGAGAUGUGAAGCCAGAAAACUUUUUACUUGGUCAGCCUUCCACAUCUCAAGAGAAAAAAUUAUUUCUUGUUGAUCUUGGACUAGCAACUAAAUGGAGGGAUAUUUCUAGCGGUCAGCAUGUUGAAUAUGAUCAACGUCCUGAUAUGUUCAGAGGGACAGUUCGAUACGCAAGUGUACAUGCUCACCUUGGCAGAACAGCUAGCAGAAGAGAUGACUUAGAGUCUCUUGCUUAUACCCUAAUUUUUCUUCUCAAGGGAAGAUUACCUUGGCAAGGCUAUCAGGGUGAUAACAAAUCAUUUUUAGUGUGCAAAAAGAAGAUGGGAACCCCGCCUGACAGUUUAUGUUGUUUCUGCCCGCCACCUCUGAAACAAUUUGUUGAGAUAGUUGUGAAUAUGAAAUUCGAUGAAGAGCCCAACUAUUCUAAGCUGAUAUCGUUGUUUGAUGGGUUGAUUGGAGCCAACCCAUCCAUAAGGCCAUUAAACAUCGAUGGGGCUCAAAAGAUCAUUUGUCAAGUCGGACAGAAACGUGGAAGGCUUAAUGCUGACGAAGAUGAUGAUGGUCAACCCAAGAAAAAAGUCCGCAUGGGUGUACCAGCUACUCAGUGGAUUUCAGUUUAUAAUGCACGAUUGCCUAUGAAGCAAAGGUACCAUUACAAUGUUGCUGAUGCUCGAUUGGCACAACAUGUGGAGAGAGGUAAUGCUGACGGCCUACUUAUAAGCUCUGUGGCUUCGUGUUCGAAUCUGUGGGCAUUGAUAAUGGAUGCGGGCACUGGUUUCACUCAUCAGAUUUAUGAGUUAUCAUCACAGUUCUUGCACAAAGAGUGGAUCAUGGAACACUGGGAAAAAAACUUCUAUAUCAGUUCUGUUGCCGGAUCCAACAAUGGCAGCUCCCUUGUUGUGAUGUCCAAAGGCACUCAAUUCACUCAGCAGUCUUACAAAGUGAGCGAUGCCUUCCCCUUUAAGUGGAUAAACAAGAAAUGGAAAGAAGGAUUCUAUGUCACUUCAAUGGCUACAGCUGGGACCAGAUGGGGUGUUGUCAUGUCUCGCAAUGCUGGUUUUAGUGAUCAGGUUGUAGAGCUAGACUUUUUGUACCCAAGUGAGGGCAUUCACAAGCGCUGGGACAGUGGUUAUCGAAUUACGUCAACGGCUGCUAAUAUUGAUCAAUCUGCACUUGUCUUGAGCGUACCGAAGCGCAGGCCGGGUGAUGAAACCCAGGAGACAUUGAGGACCUCUCAAUUUCCAAGCACGCAUGUUAAGGAUAAAUGGGCAAAGAAUCUGUAUCUUGCAUGUCUAUGCUAUGGAAGAACUGUGUCGUGAUUUCCGUGUAACUAAGCAAGUCGUAAGAGAAAAUGAGAACAAAGAUAUACUUUAUAAGGGACGAGUUGAGGGGAACUCUGUUUCUUGGGUAAGUACGUGAGAAGCAGGUUUCUGUAACUAGCAAGUUGUAAGAGAAUAUAUGAACGAAAUUAUAAUUUGCGAGGAAUGGAGUUAGGAGUCGAGUUGGGGGGAGCUCUGUUUCUUGGGCAAGUAUGUGAAGCAGAUUCCUGUAUGUUGUAUCUGCUAAUUUAUCCCCAAUGGUGUCUCCUUUGUCCUGUUGUAAGAUAUAUAAUAUAAAAUGGUGUUAUUUAUGUUUA